CGUUGACAGUUUGCUCCUUUGCUCACGUCGGGCUCGUCGGUCCAAAACAAAGCGGCCCGUGGGAAGAAAAAAAGUAGGUUAAAUUUUGCGGUUUUAUCUCCACUCACUAUCGGGGCUGUUGUCUUUACAUCCAAAGCAUAUAAAUACACGCAACAUUACCACCAGCAAGUGCGCCAUAUGUUGAAAAGGUUCGUGGCAGAUCCCGACUCCGGUUGACGUCGCACCAGUAGCACCAGCGGGCUUAUUCGUUGUGGUGCUGGCGCUUGGUUUGGCAACACCGGGGGCAGCAUGAAACUGCAGCUGACCAUGGGCCGCAGUCAGAGUCCGGCGAUGGACAAGGAUUCGGAGGUGGCGAAAGGGGCCGGCGGCGCGUACGAGGCCGCGUCCGUGAGCGGGCCGGAGGACGACUUCGAGCUGUGGGACCAGAGCAAGGCGCUGCGGUCGGAGUACCGGGACAAUCGCUGGAGCCAGAACGGCUGGAGCUCGUGCAUUCCGAUCACGAUCAUACUGGUGCUGAUAGUGCUGGUGGUGCUGCUGCCACUGAUGGACCACAGUGAGCGGGCGGGCGAGACCGGCGAGCCGGCCCGGGCCGGUGUGGGCCGGCUGGGGCACCCGAUCGCCUGCCCGGAGACGUGCUCGCUCGAGCUGGUCGAAAGCAUCCCAGAGGGUAUGGCGUACCCGGACGGCAGCCCCACCUUCCGCACCACCUUCCAGGCGUGGUCGGCGCUGCUCGAGCUGGCCCAGGCCACGGUUGAGAUUGGCUCGUUCUACUGGACGCUCAAGGGUGCGGACGUGUACAACCACUCGUCCGCCCGGGAGGGUGAGACGAUCUUUCGCAAGCUGUACGAGGCGGGCACGGUGCGCAAGCUGCAGGUGAAAAUUGCCCAGAGCGCACCGACGUCGGCGUCGCCCAACCUGGACACGGAUCUGCUGGCGAAGCAGGGGGCUGCCCUGGUCCGGUCGGUCGACUUUCCGCGGCUGGUCGGGGGCGGCGUGCUGCACACGAAGGUGUGGCUGAUCGACCGGAACCACUUCUAUCUGGGCAGCGCCAACAUGGACUGGCGGUCGCUGACGCAGGUGAAGGAGCUGGGCGUGCUCGGCACGAACUGCUCCUGCCUGGUGCAGGAUCUGGCGAAGAUAUUCGACGUGUACUGGGAUAUGGGCGCACCGGACGCCCGCAUACCGCCCAAGUGGCCGAAAGCGUACGCCGCCAGCUUCAACUACUCCGCACCGGCCCACGUAGAGUUUAACGGGAGGAACGCGAUGGAUGCGUACUUUUCGAGCUCUCCGCCGAUGAUGUCACCGGCGUGGCGCACGGACGACCUGUUCGCAAUCCUAGACGUUAUCAGCAAGGCAAACCGCUUCGUGCACAUUUCCGUGAUGGAUUACUUUCCGCUAACGCUUUACACGCGCAUAACGCAGUACUGGCCGUACAUCGACGACGCACUGCGCAAGGCGGCGAUCGAGCGCAAGGUAUCGCUCCGGCUGCUCAUCUCGCUCUGGGACCACUCCCGACCGUCGGAGGAAUACUUUCUGCACUCGCUCGAGGCGCUGUCGAACGCGCUGACCGGGGUGGACAUCCAGAUCCGCCGGUUCAUCGUGCCGGCGUCGGACGACCAGAAGAAGAUACCGUUCGGGCGGGUCAACCACAACAAGUACAUGGUGACGGACAACACGGCGUACAUCGGCACCUCCAACUGGUCGGGCGAUUAUUUCAUCGAUACGGCCGGCAUCGGCCUGGUCAUCUCGUCGUUCGACACCAACGGCACGAUCAUCCAGGAGCUGCAGUCCGUGUUCGAGCGCGACUGGAAUAGCAAGUAUGCGGUGCGCUUAAGCUAGGAAGACGGCGGUGGCUCGGUGUGUGUGUGUGUGUGUGCCCCGCGUGGUCACGGUGCUCAAAUCGGAUUUUAAAAUCUUUACCAGCGGAGGCGUUUUUCUUUCGCUCUUUGCUAUGGCACAGGCUUGCUCUGGUAGGACUCGAACGUCGCCGCACACACGUUGUCUGCCUUCGCUCGUUCGCUGUGUCUACGCCUCGCAUACACUCUACCGCUACGUAUGUACCGUUUUAGGUGACGCAUUGGACACGUGUUUCAAAGUGCCUUAGCGAAAUGCAGCGCUGCUCGUGGUUAGUGAAAAUCGAUUAUUGGCAGUGACGUUUUCUCGAUUCUUUUUUUUUCAAAUCUAGGCUACAUUUUUUGUAAAACAACAUCAAGCUAAGGAUAGCAAAUUAAAGAUUUAACCGUUCGAUGGUGUAUCGUAAGCGCAAUUUAUGCUCAAACUAAAAGUGCUGUGCGCGUUCGCGUGUUAUGGAGUAUAUUUUUCCAAAUUAAAGUAGACUAGGCGUUUGGUUUCUCUUUCCCUUCUAGUCAACGUGUACUGAUCGAAAAAAAAAUGCUCGUUUUAAGUAGCUAAUUCUAUUUUGUAAUAAAUUACAUAUCACUAUCAUUAAA